AUGUGCUCCACGAUGUCGUUGUUGGUGCUUUUAAGCAUCAUAGGAUACGUUGAACUGAUCAUGGUCAGCACUCCGCACAAAUAUGUCAACGUUACAAGGGGAAAAGAUGUCCUGCUGCCAUGUACGUUUGUGACUUCUGCGCCGGAUACAAAAAACCUCAACAUCCAGUGGGACUUUGUUGCAACGUCCUCCGUGAUACCAAAGCCGGUGUAUUACUAUCUAUCUGGAACCGUAGACAUUGCAAAAUCUUAUGAGGGCCGGGUUCAGCCUCCCUCCUCUCCCGCCACGACCAAAAAUGCCGCCAUCAUAAUAAGGAACAUGCAACCAUCAGACGCCGGCGUGUACAGCUGUCAGGUUCACAACCUUCCUGAUGUGGAGGGAAAGUCUGAGGCCGAUAUCAUUGUGCUUGUUUUCGAGACUCCUUCGACUCCUUAUUGCUCCGUCCACGGGGACGUGGAGUCGGGACACCUGGUCACUCUGACCUGCCACAGCGAGCGCGGCGCCCCCCCCCCGACCUACACCUGGAUCAGACUGGACCAGGCCAGGACAAGGAGGCCUGUGCUGGGAAGAACGACCGAAACUGGAAUUCUGGAAAUCAGAAACAUAUCCCAGUUUGAGUUUGGGGAAUACCAGUGCAACGCUACAAAUGGAGCGGGAUUUUCAACUUGCACCUUAGAGUUAAAUCAUGAUGUGGGAGAUGGAGUGAUUGCCGGCGCAGUGAUUGGUGCGUUGCUCGGGUGUGUCCUUAUCGUCCUGGUUGUGUGGUUCAUCGCUCACACAUUGAAGAAACACAAAUACAAAGCGGUCAAAGUCUCAGAGGGCAACGAGAUGAUGAGGAGCUCUACUCAGGCCCCAGAAGCCUCAGAUAGCGUUACCAUGGCAACUACACCCAGCAACCUCCAUGCUGAGGGAGAUGAGCCCAAGGCCUAA